AUGUCGUCCAAAGCCUCGUCUUCCAGCGUCCGUCUGGCGUCCUCGUCGUAUGGCAAGGACCUCGUGCGCAUCUUCCGCAUCGUGCGCGACACCAAGGAUCCUUCGUCGCAUCGCGUCGCCGAGUACACGGUGCGAUGCCUGCUCCACGGCGAGAGCCUCACUCCGUCCUACACCGAGGCCGACAACUCGCCCGUCGUCGCCACGGACACGGUCAAGAACACGCUCAACUACCUCGCCAAGGUGCUGCCAGCAGAGGACGUGCUGUGCCCCGAGCGAUACGCGCUGCACGUCGUCAACCACUUCCUCACCACCUACUCGCACAUCGAAAAGACCGAGGUGGACCUCAUCCAGCACAAGUGGACGCGCAUCGUGCUCGAUGCCAAGGACGGCGGCGCACACAAGCACAGCUUUGUGCGUGACGGCGAGGAGAAGCGUACUGUGCGCGCGCUCGGCGAGCGAGCCGGCAGCGAGAUCCAGGUGACCACGCUCGAGGGCGGCAUUAAGGGCCUGCUUGUACUCAAGAGCAGCGGCAGCGCCUUCUACGGCUUCCACAGGGACAGCUUCACCACGCUCAAGGAGGUGCGCGACCGCAUCUUCUCCACCGAGGUCGAAUGCUUCUACGCGAUCGCGCUUCCCCAGGGCGGACUCAGCGCUGCGCUCAAGAAGCCGGCUUCGCUGCCCAAAUUUUGCGACAUCCACGACUCGGUCAAGUCGCACGUGCUGCGCGUUUUUGCGCUCGACGACUCGGCGAGUGUGCAGGCCACCAUGUACCGCAUGGGCGAGGCCAUCCUCGGCGAUGCUGCCAACAAGACGGUCACCGACGUCGCCUUUGCAUUGCCAAACAAGCAUUACAUCCCCAUCGACCUCGGCUUCAAGGGUCUCAGCAACCUCGACGAGAAGGACGCCGAAGUCUUCCUGCCCACUGCGCAUCCCAGCGGCUACAUCAAGGCCAAGAUCGCUCGAUCCGCCGCUGCCAAGCUCUGA